CCACAGAGAGAAUCGUCUGUGGAUUCACUUCAAAUCGAACACGUUUUAUGCCCGUUUUCUCGAACGUUAAUUUGAGUUUAAACUCGGUUCAUCCUAUUUCGAAACUAUAUGAAAAAAAUUGAACUGAGUUUGAACCGCGUCGGAGAAAACGGGCAUUAGCGUUAUUAGCAGCGGUUAUUAAAGCUAUUAACCCUGUCAGCGUCCAAGUGGAAUGUACCCGUUGUGAAACAUCAUUUUUUUUGAGAACGAGACAUUAAACGAAUAUCAGUUUCAAUGUUCCAGUUUUACCAAAUCCGUCAACAAUCGAAUUUUCUUAUUUCAAUCACGUAUUGGAUUGGUUUGUAAAAAUCAUGAAAGUUACGAAACAUGCCGCUCUUGACAGAGAUGAUGAACGUUUGGAAUCUGCGACUCCACUCGUUGUUGUAUUUGACAAAUUUCACUUUCUAUCUGCCGAACGAUAACAAAGUUCAUUACGAGCAGGGAACAAGAAACGAAAAAGAUUUUUCCAAUGGUAUUCCCUCGCUCGUACUGUUUACGAUAUGGUUUCUUCUUUAUUGGGCUUACAAAAACUUUCUUAAUCUCAUCCUACGAAGAAUGAAAUUUGCGAUUAUUAGAAGAUUGCGACUGAUCGAGGGACUUUGGUGCUGCUGUUUUGCAACAUGCAGUGUUAUUUUUCUGGUGCAGUUUGCACCGCAAACUCGGAACUGUCCUUGGCACAAAAGCAACGAUUAUCAUUUUGGAUUUUUAAUGCACAAAACAUUCUACCUUCAUCAAGCUGCAAUUCAAGUAUUUUCGCAUGAUCAUUGGCUCAAGGGAUGGUCCAGCCAACUUUUUGCCACUGGAAUACCUCUUCAGUCUUUACAAAAGUCACCAGACUCUAUAACUGCGCUAUUAUUAUACAAAGCAAGUGAAACAGCCCUGCUGAAUAUUUGUCGUCUUUUAGUGACUUUGUCAAGGGGUCAAAUUGUCAGAAGAAUUGCAAAGGUUUUAUUUAGCCUUUACUUUUUCAAUUGGAUCUAUGUGCACACAGUGCUCGUGCCUCGUGUUUUGCUUUUAUACACAGACGUUAAUUACAAUUUAAGAACGCACUCGUCUUUGUGGCUCUGGUUAAUCUGCGAGUUGAUAAAUUCAAUACGUUACAAAGAAUUUGGGUGCAUUUACUCAAAGGAAACUCUGGAAACAUCAUUAUUUCCCCGACCGAGUGAAGAAGCUGUUGAAUUUGUGAAUAUUCUUAAAAAACACAGGAGCUGUAUUAAAAAUAAACGAAUCGACGAUGAAAGUGCAACGACAAAAAAGACUGAGUUAUGGCAAACGCUUGUUUGUGCAAUGACAAUGAAGAAAAAGCUGAAGAAGCUUCGUGAGAGUAAACGAGAGGCUGUGAAUAAAAUAAACAUAGAUUCCAACGAUUUUGGGAAUGAAAUCAAUGAAUAUGCUAAGAAUGAUGUUAUGGCCAUGAAUCUUUCAUGAGAUUUUAAUUACAAAUAAAUUAUUUUUCUCGUUCGAUGAAAA